AUGGACACUCCACCUGCACUUACACAUCCCCUUCGUCGGGCUAUUGUCAUAGCAUUUGGUCCAACAUUGUUGUUGAACAUCAUUGAAGCUGCUGUGGUUGGCUCUGGACUCCCCUUGAUUGGGGUCCUUGUCCAUCUUGCUUCCACUAUUAUCUGCAUUGCUUAUUUGCGACUCGGAAAGCUCAGAGGCGAACAAGAAGGCGCCAUACGUCUUGGGCCCUCACCCGAUAAACCUGGCAUGUUUUUUUGUCGAGCAUGGUUCUUAUUUGUUCUCGAUGCACUGUUCACGGCCAUGUUUUUCCCAGUUCUCGUCCUCAGAUGGGUCUGGGUCCCGACAUAUGCUGGCCAGGCCGUCUUAGCAACAUAUGCUGAGAUCCCUCUGCUUCUUGCACUGGCCUGUCACGCCUACCUUUGUUUCUUGUCAUUGCAAGACCUCAUCGGGCUACGCCACUUCGCCCAACUUUUUAACCGCAAGGUUUGCCCGUGCUGUCAAAAUUCUCAGCGCCCGGUUCCUCCCGCCAUUGGGCCAAAUUUCAAUUCUCAAGCCUCUGGCGUCGGUGCUGACCCUCGCGUCGCAAUCUAUCGCGACUCGGUCGAAAUCGAGACUGGAGAGUCAGCCGACAGAGAGGCAUGCGUCACGGACAAUAAACCCUCUCAUAACCCAAAGUACGACAAGGAAGUCGGCCUGGGUGUUGUGUAA